AUCUGACGAUUUCGUGUGAUUGAAAGGAUUGUGUGACUCGGUGGGUUGUUUAUUGGCGACACGCGCCGCUUGGAUGAAGAAACUACAGGUGAGGCUCGAGCGUCACCGAUCUGACCCGGCGAAGGAGCGCGUCUAACAUCUGACCGAGCAGCAUUGUAGAGCAAAGAUGGACAUCCUCAAGUCACUGGGACACCCCGAGGAAAUAUUCAACCUCUUCAAGUUUAAAAUGGGCGGCUGUCGAACUGUCAUGCCGAAACUGGACUACGAAUCCAUGAGCGAGAGCUUGCGGACAUGCUACGUCUACCUCAAUCAGACCAGCCGAAGUUUCGCAGCCGUCAUCCAAGCGCUGGACGGAGAGUUAAGGCAUGCGGUGUGCAUCUUCUACCUGGUGCUGCGCGCUCUGGACACGGUGGAGGACGACAUGAGCAUUCCGCUGGAGCGCAAGGUUCCCAUGCUCACGGGCUUCCACAGCUUCCUGUACCAGCCUGACUGGAGCUUCAGCGACAGCCAGGAGAAGGACCGCCAGGUGCUGCAGGACUUCCCCACGAUCUCGGUGGAGUUCCGUAACCUGGGGCAGGAGUACCAGGAUGUGAUCGUGGACAUCUGCCACCGCAUGGGUGUGGGGAUGGCCGAGUUUCUAGAGAAGAAAGUAGGAUCCAUGGCAGAGUGGGAUAGGUACUGUCACUACGUGGCUGGCCUGGUGGGCGUGGGCUUGUCUCGGCUCUUCUCGGCGUCGCGGCUGGAGGAUGCGGAGGUGGGCGGGGACUCUGAGCUGGCCAACUCCAUGGGGCUGUUCCUGCAGAAGACCAACAUCAUUAGGGACUAUCUGGAGGAUACACGCGAGGGCCGCGCCUUCUGGCCAGAGGAGGCCUGGAGUAAGUUUGCGUCUCGUCUGGAGGACUUUGCUGAGCCGCAUCAGCUGACCGCUGGGCUGGGCUGCCUCAACAUGCUGGUGACCGACGCACUGCGCCACGUCCCCGACGUCAUCAGCUACCUGGAACGCCUCCGCAACCAGUCCGUCUUCAACUUCUGUGCCAUCCCACAGGUGAUGGCGAUAGCGACGCUGUCUGCGUGCUACAACAACCCCAUGGUGUUCCAGGGAGUGGUGAAGAUCCGCAAGGGCCAGGCAGUCACGCUCAUGAUGCAGGCCACCAACAUGGGGGCAGUGAAGGGCAUCAUCGCCCAGUACAGUCAGGAGAUGCUGCAGAAGGUGUGUGUGUCAGACCCGUCUUGCGAGCGCACUCUGCACGUGCUCAGUGUGAUCCGUGAGCGCACGCUGUGUGAGGACUCGUUGGCGUCGCGUGCGCCUCACCUGUCCCCCGUCUACCUGUCAGCCGCCAUGCUGCUGGCCGCUCUCAGCUGGCAGUACCUGAGCGCCACGGCAACCGCAUCCGCCCCCCCCGGCUCCACCGACAUGCAGGGCCACUGAGCAUGCCCAGACCUCGUCACCACCCAGCUCUACUGAGCAUGCCCAGACCUCAUCACUACCCACCGGCUCUACUGAGCAUGCCCAGACCUCGUCACCACCCAGCUCUACUGGGCAUGCCCAGACCUCAUCACCACCCCCCGGCUCCACUUGGCAUGCCCAGACCUUAUCACCAGACCAACAUGCAGGGCCACUGAGCCCCCUCCCCCCACUGGACCGGAGACCAGUGACUACCAAGAGUCGUAGUUACUUACUACAGGGUGUGUGUGUAUGUGUAUGAGCAAGUGUGUGUGUGUGGAAGUGCAUAUAUGUUUGUGUAUGGGAGAGUCUGUCUGUGUGUCUUUAUGAGAGAGACAGAGAGAGUGUGUGUGUAUGUGUCUUGGUCAGUCACUGGAGUCUGUCUGGUUGGAUUGAGUUUGAAACGUGCUGGAUGUGUUCCAGUAGACACUAGUUCUCCUCACAUUGUUUGUUUGUUUGUUUGUUUGUUUGUUUGUUUACAGUUUUAAGUAAAUAAUGAAGCAUUUGCUCUGAGAUUUCUACUGUCUAAUGCCAGGACUAGGUCUCCUCUAAUCAAUGGGUCCGGAUAUGAGUGUGUGUGUGUGUGUGAGAUGGGUCUGGAUCUGGAUCUGCGAAUGUGUGUGUGUGAUCGAUCUGUGAAUGUGUGUGUGUGUGAUGGAUCUGGAUCUGUGUGUGUGUGUUUG